AAAAAGGAAAUUGUAAACAGUGUGACUCUGUUACCCCCAGGACCCCACGCUCUCCUGCUUGUGGUGCCCUUAGGGGAAGAGAUUUUAGACGAUGAGAAAAAGUCUGUCCAGGACCACAUGGAGCUUUUGUCAGAGAGCGUAUGGAAACACACUAUGCUCCUGUUUGUUAGUGAGACUGAGGAAGAGUAUAAUGUCACUCCUUCUGAACAGGUUAUGGAGAGUACAAGAGACCUUUUGGAGAAAUGUGGAGGCAGACAUCAUGUUCUUUGUGGACCUUCAAGUAAUUGUACGCAGGUGUCUGAGCUCCUGCAGAAGAUUGAUGGGAUGGUAAAGGACAACGCUAAUGAUUUCUUCUUACCCCAAGUGUACUAUGAACUGAUUGAGAGAAUGAGAACAACUUAUGAAGACCGGGAGGAGAAACUAAAACAGAGUUACAAACUCCAGCUAACACAGACUAAAGCAAACACAGAGUUGAGGAAGAGGAGGAAUAGCAUGGAUGUUUCACCUGAGUUCAGCACAGAGGAGCAGAAGACCGAUGAUCGUGGCUGUCAGAAAGUGGACCAAGAGACAGUCAAAGACGGUUUCAAGGAGGUUGGGAUGCCUGUACCGAUAUACAAUUUCAGUAUAAUAUCACUGAUCUUCCUUGCAAUUAUUGGAGAAUUCUUUGGGGCAAUUGCAGGUGCACAAUAUGGACCACUGGGCUCAUGUGUUGGGAUUUUAUUCGGCAUUGCUGCUGGUGUUCUUGUGAGCUUUGGUAUUCGUGCGGCAGUCAGUAAAACCACAGACAAGCCAAAGCCAAGCCAAAUUCCUGGUAUGAAGUCUCGACUCAAAUAAAUCUGCAGCUUUAUAUGUUGCGUGAAAGACUGUCCAUUAUGCUUGUGUAUAUUGUUAAAUAGAAUACUUUUUUUUCAAUUGCGUUUUUCACCUCUCAUUUCAUAUACGUGUUUUGAUGAUGGACUAGAGUGCCUUGUGUAGAAUAGUUUUUACAAGAAGUUGAGUUGCACUCAAAGUAGUACAGACAGAACAACACAUUGUUAUUUUAUUUUGUACUUUAUCAAUGUGUUGAUAUCAAUGCAUGACUCACUGAUUAAUAGGGUUUCCAAUACAUCUGAUAUUGAUGACAUCCAGACACUGGGAUAUUUUUUUAAGGAACAUACACUUGACCCGACAGUAAUAUUUGUCAUGUUUGCAUGUUUGUCAUGCAAUGCACUUAUCAAAAAAAUACUGAAACUGCAGUUCUAGAAUAUAUGGUAGAUACUAGACAGAUAUCCAUAUUAAGGAUAAUAUAUGGUUUGUAUGUGUAAGGGAUAAUAGGACUUCCCAUCACUACUGGAGUAGAUUGACUAGCGAAGUGAAUAGCGAAUGGGAUAGGAGAUGAGCGGUUAAGUGAGACUGACACAGUACAUUGAGAAAAGUAACAUUUUUCAGAUAGGUUAAAAUACAUAUUGAAGUCACUCAUUGUUGUAAAUACAAGUCAGCUUGUUAAAGUCUUUAAAAAUUGUAAAUGGAGGCUUUGAUGGUUGGGGAUUUUUCUGCUAUUGUUAUGGUUACUUAUUUCAGACACUUUCUACAGGCUCAUGAUACCAUGUAACCACCGUAAUAAUUUAGAACGGUGAAAAGACAAUUAUGCUGCAACUACGUUGUAGGUGUACGUAUAUCACCUGAUAAUGGACACCCCUGCAGCCGAUCAGAAUCGAGUAUUCACCCAGAACAUGGUAUAAGUAAUUAUAUAGUCUGUGUUAACUAAUAAUUCAUGUACCAUAUGACUGGGCUCAAAAACUGAAGGAGCAACCUGUGGUAUUAUGGCCAGGAGACUCCUAUAUAACAUUUUCUACACAAGUUUUUAAAUCUCUAAGAGAGAAAAGAGAGUACAGAGACACUUAUUGCUAAACUGAAAUGCGAAAAAUGUCACAGCUGGUUUGGGGGGAAAUCUUCUCAUCUAAGAUUAUAUUACUGUGAUUUCUGCAACAUCUUUUACUUGACUAUUUGUGAUCUGUAAUGGUGUAAUAACUACUAAUUCCAUAUACUAAAGCAACAGUACACAUGUAACGCUAAGCAUUUACACUAAGCAGGAGUUAUUCAAAUAAUAUAAUAUAAUGAAACUGAAUAAAUUUAUGGAUUCUGUGUUGCUGAACAUAUGAAGAUAGGAAUCUUUAGAAAGGUGGGGUGCACGUACAGGGGUUCCAUGUUCAAGAUCAUGUUAUAUUGUGCAUUGUGAAGGCUAUAAUGGGUUUGCAAAAAUGUUAUAGUCGUCAAAAUUGUUUUGCAUAUCAUUUAUUAAAAUGUUUCCAUCCGCAAAAUCUGUUUU